AUGGUGACCACGGAGAGCGCGGAGCCUGGAGGGGUGAGAAAGAUGUUGAAGCCCCUGGUUGAGAAACGCCGGAGGGACCGCAUCAAUAGGAGCCUGGAAGAACUUCGCCUGCUCCUCCUACAGAGAACCCACUGCCAGACUUUGAAGAACCCUAAAGUGGAGAAAGCGGAGAUCCUGGAGAUCGCUGUAGGAUAUCUGCGAGAGAUGCACUCUGCUAAACCCCAGGGUGCUGACCUCCCAGAAGAUGGCACCUUGCAAACCUGCUACAUGAUGGGAUUUCGGGAAUGUCUUCUAGGCCUGGCGGCUUUCAUUCAGCAAGCCCACCCUUCUGUCCAGAGCCACCUGCUCGAUACCUUGCACCUCUACCUUGCUUCCAAGCCAGAACCCCGCAGCCACGACUGGAAUUGUGGGCCCCCGUCUCCUAGUUCUUCCUUGGGGGAAACGCCUCCAAGGACCCCGGAGGGCUUCUGCUCGCCUCUGAAGCAGAUCAACGAACCCUUACGGAGCCCGGACCCACCUUGCUCCAGCGGGGGACAGCUUGGGAGCCAGCAGAGACACACCCACCAGGGUGCCGCCUCCCCCAAAAGGCUGCCCCCGCCACAGGCUUUCUGGCGACCUUGGCCCUAG